GCCCAGGCUAUGAUCAUCUACUUAACCAAUCUGGGUAGCUGUCCCUUUAAUUCUUUGCCACAUAAUGUCCCAUGAGCUAUUGCACCUCCCAUCCCACUGUAUCCCAUCGUGCCCUGCGCCUUCCGGCUGCGACUGCUCACGGCCCCGCCUAUUCCGGUUCGUGACUGAUAAUGGCGCAGGGGCAGCGCAAAUUCCAAGCGCAGAAGCCGGCGAAGAGCAAGACGGCUGCGGCGGCCUCGGAGCGGAACCGGGGGCCAAGGAAGGGCGGUCGCGUAAUCGCACCCAAGAAGGCACGCAUCGUGCAGCAGCAGAAGCUUAAGAAGAACCUGGAAGUCGGGAUCCGGAAGAAGAUUGAACAUGACGUGGUGAUGAAAGCCAGCACCAGUCUGCCCAAGAAGCUGGCGCUGUUGAAGGCCCCCACCAAGAAGAAGGCAGCAGCCGCCUCCUCCACCAAGACACCUUCCUAGCUAGCACAUGGCUCAACAGAGGCCAUCACCUCAGCCACCCGCUCCAGGCUCAGACCUGGGCAGAUGACACCAUGAGGAAAAGGGGCCAUGCUCCCCAGAGCCUUGGGUAGCACCUUGAACUUACGGGGGGUCUCGCCUAUGAGCAGGUGAUCAUCAGGUCCAAAGUACGCCUCCCAGGGUGCUGAGAACUCACUGAAGGCCAAGGCUGCAAGAGGGCCCUCACCAACUUCUUGCGUACCCCCCCCCAUGUCCUGUCUCCACUGGUUUAACCUGGAGCAAUAAACCUGACUUUGUCAUUC